CAAAUUGACCGGCAAUCAAAAUGCUUGAAUGAGGCGAAGUUCUAGAAUCAUCUAGAUGCUCAGCGUCAACUCAGCGUUUUGGGCUGCUUUGAACCAUUGGGCCCAUCAGGAUGAUCUUCAAACCUUCUGUGCAUAGAACCUCGACACUCUUUUCAACCGAGCUUCCACAAAUUCUACGAAACAGAUGCCUGUCCACUGCCGUAUCACCCGUCGAGUUGGCCCACGACGAACACAUACCUGCAGAUGGUAAUCGGUCGCAUAGACCACUCCUUAUCCUACACGGGUUAUUCGGUUCGAAGCGCAACUGGCAGUCUCUCUCCAAGGCGUUCAUGCGCGACCUCAGCAGACCCGUAUAUACACUCGAUUUGCGAAACCACGGAUCUUCACCGCAUGUUAGACCGAUGACAUAUUCUCACAUGGCAGCGGACGUCCUUAGUUUUUGUCAGAAGCACUCACUGCGUGAUAUAUCACUUAUGGGACAUUCUAUGGGCGGCAAGGUCGCAAUGGCCCUCGCAUUGCAUCCCGAACUACCCUCCGACUUACUCGCAGACCUUAUAGUGUCUGAUAUUGCUCCCGUCAGAGCCAAAGUCUCGCAGGAUACCGUACAACACAUACGUGCUAUGGAAAUAAUCCAGGCAGGCAAUAUCUCCACGAGGAAGGAAGCGGACGAGAUAAUGUCUGAGCAUGAGCAGGAUCCUAGUGUCCGAUCAUUUCUGCUUACGAAUCUCGAGAUUAACAAAGCAACGCCUGUGAAAUUCAAGAUCCCUGUCGACAUUUUGAAAGAUGACCGAGCAGAGAUUGAAUCCUUCCCUUACGCAUCUGGGGAACGAUCCUGGGAUGGUCGUACCUUGAUUAUCAAGGGAAAGAAGAGCAAAUACAUCAAUCGUCACAACAUCCCUUUAAUCGAUCAAUUUUUCCCACAGAAUCAGUUGAAAGAGCUUGACACUGGACACUGGGUGCAUGCUGAGCUACCACAUGAAUACAGGAAGCUCGUCGUAAAUUUUAUCGCACAAUAGACAAAUUUCGAACUACAAUCUGCCAAUAGAAGUAGUGGUGCCGAAGUCCGGUUCGGUUCGGUUCUUAGGCCUCUAAAUGUGAACGCCGAACUGGACCAUCAGUCGCGUUCAGGCAAGGAGGGUGAACGCUGGACUGGACCCUUAUGAACGCAUUCACAAGCGUUCGGUUCAAGUUCAGAACGCGUUCGAACGCUCGAACGCUACAUAUAAUUUGACAAAAAUUGCAAGAAAUACAUGAACUGUAAAUGAGUAGCUAAAUUUCG